AUGAAACAUGUCAUGGGUUUCCAAGCAAGCCAAGCAGUGGCGCUUAAUGCAAUGGGAUAUGAUGAAAGUGAUGGGAAAAUCAUUUUUGACAAGGGCACUAAUAAAAUCUGUUUCAGUCCACCCUGUGAUCCUUUACUCCCACGAAAAGUUAAGGCCUUUCAAAAGCUUGCAAAGAAAUUAGGGGGAAUCCUAUUCUUGUCAAGGUACCGAAGCACUUCGGUUCAUCUUUUAGGUGGUUGCAAUGCAGCUUCAGAUCCUUCACACGGUGUCUGCAACUCCAAUGGUCAGGUGUUUGACACAAAGGCAUUUACAACUGUGCACCCAGGCCUCUAUGUUUGUGAUGCUUCUUUAAUUCCAUGUUCUGUAGGCAUAAAUCCAUCUCUUACGAUUGCGGCAGCAGCUGAGCAUGUUAGUAAGCACCUUGUGAAGGAUGUUAUGGAGUACAAGAGCAAAAGAGGCAUAGACCUUGCAGUUAAAAAUGUUGACCGAUAUCCAGUUUUGGCCGAUAGUGAAAAAUUAAGGAGCACUGAUAGAUCAAUUGUUGCAAUCACAGAGACCAUGAAAGGGUAUAUUGGAGGUAUGCCAUGUGUUGCUUAUCUCAAAAUGAAAAUGAACUCCAAUAAUUCAGUUCAUGGAGAAUCUCAUCCACUUUUAAGAGGAAAAGUUGGAGGUUAUGUUGUUUUUGAAGCCAUUGAGAAGGAUCGGUUACAUGUUAUUGAUGGAGAAGUAGAUCUGUGCGAAGUGGAUUACAGAACUCCUUACACGCAGUACAUGCAUUACCGUCUUCUUCUCGCUUCUUCUUCUGGUUCAAGAUAUAUUCUUGAGGGACAGAAGAUAAUGAACCCCUUUCUGUUAGCACUGUAUGCUUGGAGGGAGGCAACUACAUUGCAUGUGACAUUUAAAAAUAUUUCGGGAAAAAGUUCGAGGCCAGAAGCGAUAAAUAUAACAGGAGAGCUUAGAAUUUCCCUAAUAGAGCUACUAAAGAGUCUCAUGAGUCUUGAAGGAAACAGGAGGAGAAGGUUCGUAGCCCUUUUUGCACAGGCUCUCCUGAGAACAUAUAUAUUACAAAUACCAAGACGGAACCCCGAGGUCUGUACCCUGCUAGAUUCUUACGAUAAAACUUAUCCAAACAGCACUCUUUAUGAAAUUAAAACAGACGAUGGAUAUACCAUCAGUUGCAAGCAAUGGAAGUGCAGUCAAACUCCAUGUCGACUUAAAAGAGAGGAACAACAAAAUCCUGUUCUCCUUAUUAAUGGAUAUGCAACAGAAAGUUACUGGCUCCCAUCAGAACCAAUCGAUUUAGUGAGAACUUUACUGGAAGAAGGGCGUGAGAUAUGGCUACUGCAAUCAAGAUUGCACCCUUUACAUCCUGCAAACAACUUCACAAUUGAAGAUAUUGCAAGAUUUGAUAUUCCUGCUGCAAUUGCUAAGAUCCUUGAAUUGCACGGGAAGGGCACAAAAGUUCAUGUUGUUGCACACUGUGUUGGAGGCUUAGCUGUUCACAUGGCCCUCUUGGGAGGACAUGUCUCGUCAACCCACUUAGCUUCUCUGUUUGCACAAACUCUUCAAUGUUCUUCAAGCUCAAUGCAUUGGCUACAUUCAAAUGUGGUUCCCCUGGUCCCUGCUUCGACUUGA